UGUCUGACUCUGCACCCACAAUAAAAAAACAGAAGAAGAAGAAGAAGUAGCGAGUUUCUUACAUGGCAUGCGGACCAUAAUAAUUUCCACAUGGCAGCUCCAGAAUGUGUAUAGACAUAGAGGAGGGCCCCACUCUUCUUCCUGCCAAUCAAGUGGAGGGAGGGAGGGAGGGAAGGGGCCAGAAUAUUUUUUCCCAUAUGAGGGCACCUAUCUUCACAUUUAUGUGUGCAGCUAUGUGGGUGGAUUUAUUUUAUUGCAAGCUGAGGGUAGUGCUGAUAAAUGCAUGGUUGUUUGUACUGAAUGUGUGAAAAGAAAACUGAGAAAAAGCAACUUGAGGUUCUUGUCAUCUAUUGCCAGCUCCCUGUUUCCUCUCUCUCUCUCAAUCAAUUGGGUUAGAGUAUGAUCUUGAUCUUCUUAUUUUCUUUUUCACUGACUUCUCCAAGUUAAUAUUCAGAGCAAUUCUGUGUUUCAUCAAGGCAUUUUUUUUCUUGGCAUAACCUAGUUAGAAGCAGCAUAGCAGAAAAACUGAGUCAUGGAUGGUUCUCCAUCUAGAAAAUUGGACUCUAAUGUUUCAGAGCACACCCAAGAAAUUCAGACAUCCAAAAGAAGGAAGGUGGUUGAGAAGACUGUUGUUAGAGUGAGGAUUGGAAAAAAUGCUGGGAAAUUAAAGAAUGAAGGGCCACCUUCUGAUUUCUGGUCUUGGAGGAAAUAUGGGCAAAAGCCUAUUAAAGGAUCUCCUCAUCCAAGGGGCUAUUACAGGUGCAGUACAUCAAAGGGCUGUUCAGCUAAGAAACAAGUGGAGAGAUGCAGGACAGAUGCUUCAGUACUCAUCAUUACUUACACCUCAAAUCACAACCAUCCAGGUCCGGAUCUCCACGAAUCCAGCCUGAACCAACAGUCAAAAGAUCCCGAAACCCCUCCGACUGAUCAUGUAGAUCAUCCCACAACUCCCAAACAAGAAAAGCCAGAAGAAGAAACAGAAGAAGGGCAUGGCCACCCCAUUGUGCCAAGCGCUGAUGAAAAUGCCAGUGAAGGUAACAGUUUUCACUACUUACAAUCCCCAAUAAGAAUUUCUCAAGAUAUCAUGAUCAGCCAAGAAGAUCCUUUCGCUGAGAACCCAGAGAAAAGUCAUGAUACAUUGGGUAUUGUCUUGGAUGAGGAGCCCAUCAGUUGCUCCAGACUGAUGACAUUUUCAGCACCCAAAUCAGAAGAGAACAACGACUUCUUUGAUGAACUAGAAGAGCUACCCCACAUCUUCGUCUUUCACUAGCUUCACGAGGGGCAGUUUUUUCGAUGAAAGGAUUCCUGUUGUCCCUUCUUGAUUCUAGUUUUUUUUUCUUGGCCUCUUGGGGCAUCCUGCCUUGAAAAAUGUUCUUAAAAUGUCCAUGUAUAGGGCACUGCUAGGAGUAGUUAUUACUUGUAGUUUCUCUUCUUUACUUUCACCAAACGAGUAAAGUGGUUACUAAAGUUGCGCACACUAACAGAAGGUAGUGGAGAGAUACAUCAUCUUUUAUCA